AUGGUAGCGAAGAUAUUGUGCUUCUUGCUUAUGGUGGGCUUGGCUUGUGCGGCUACUUGGCAAGGAAAGGCCCCGAGGAAGCCAGCGGAACUAGCACACAAAGAAGGAUGUUAUAUAAAAGAGAUUAAUGACGUCAUUCCAUAUAGAUCAGAGAUCACACCGCUCGGCUAUUGCUACAGGAUUGAGUGUUCGCACGAUAUGCUGUAUUACGCUUCAUGCGGGAAACUCCUGACUGACGAUCCACAUUGUCAUCUCACAGAACCCGAUCUCACUCUGCCGUACCCUGACUGUUGUCCCAAAUUUAAAUGUGACCCAGAUAAUAACCUCAUUUAG